AUGGCUGAACCUCGUCCUGACCCAAUAUACAUCGAGCCCAAAGUCGCACCGCCCAGCUCCGAGCAGGCGUCCGCCGUCAUCUUCAUCCACGGGCUAAGCGACCGGGGCGAGUCCUUUCGCGGCAAGCCAAACCCCCCUCUCUCUCCCUUCACAACUAAGCUUCUACUCGUUGAGCACUACCAGAGCGCCGACAAGCUCCCCCACACGCUCUGGGUUCUGCCCACCGCGGACUACUUCGGCGACCCCCCCGUGCGCGCCUGGUACCGCCGCCCGACCCUCGUCCCGGAGCGCGCCCUCGAGCCCGCCACCGACGACGACUACGAGGGAAUCAUGGCCUCCUGCGCGUACAUCCUCGCCAUCGUGCGGCACCUCGAGUCCGCGCGCGGCAUCCCGGCCUCGCGCGUCGCCGUCGGCGGCUUCAGCCAGGGCUGCGCCUUGUCUCUUGUCCUCGGCCUCGCCUCCUCGUACGCCGGCCGCUUUGCGGGGAUUUUUGGCUUGAUGGGCUACUUGCCGCUGCGUGCGCGCCUGGAUGCCAUCCGGGGUGAGCAAGGCGGGAGGGCGGUGGUGGACCAGCCGGUGAUGGUGGCGCGGGGCAGGAGUGACGAGUUCCUGGCGAAGUGGUACCACGAGGCGUGCUGGAAGACGCUGGGCGGGAUGGGGAUACGGAAGAUGGACGUGCACGAGUACGAUGUGGGCCACACGGUGCUGGGGAUGGAGGUGCGUCGGGACUUGUGCAGCUUCUUGGAGGAGCGGUGCGGGUUUUGA